GGUUUUCCUCCCAUUCGAGCCGGCUUCGUCCCCUUCCUCUUCGUCGCCAUCCACCGCCGAAGUCGAGCCCCGACUCGGGCUUCGUUGCCAUCUCCGACUUCCUGUGAGUCGCCAUCCACCGCCGAAGACGAGCUCCGUAUUGGGCUUCGUCUCCAUCUCCACAGAAGACGAGCUCUGACUUCGUUUCCGUCGCCAUCUCCGCAGAAGACCAUCUCCGAUUUCGAGUUUCAGACCACGGGCGCAUCUUCAUCUUCUUCCACGCGAGCGAUCUUGGUCUUCGACCAUCGAUCUGGAGUCUUCGUCCAUCGGUACCGAUCUUGGUCUCUGUUUCAGCGAGCGAUCUUCGUGUUCGCCAUCUCCGACGAAGUCGACCUCCGAUUCCGACUUGCAGACCGCCGUUCAUCCUCGUCGCCAUCUUCGUCCACGUGCUAUUUUACAAACGAGUGGUUGCCAAAGUACAGAUGCCAGUUCCAAAACUAAGGGCCAGUUGCACUCCAGAUGCAAUGAGAUCAAAGGAAGGGAAUGAUUCACUUGACACUUUCAUCAGACAAGCAAUAGGGAACGACCCUUUUCUUUCUUUCUCUAGGACAGGGGACAGUCAAGGGCAGUUGUUUCAUUUACUUCAUCAGGCCUUUGAACAGCCAGGAUGGCCCUUGAUGUCCACGUUGAAGGUUCAGAUGCAGAAGUGUGACAAAUGCUCCCGGGAAUUUUGUUCUACAAUCAACUACAGACGACAUAUUCGUGUACACCGCCGAUCUCUAAAUUUUGAUAAGGAGUCCCAUAAAAGUAGGGAUCUGUUGGGAGCAUUUUGGGAUAAGCUGUCUUCGGAUGAAGCCAAGGAAAUUGUUUCGUUUAAGGAUGUGACUCUUGAGGAAGUUCCUGGGUCUACAAUCAUAGGAGCGUUGACAUCGUUCAUCCAUCCACGAAGGCUCUGUACUCUCCCACAAGUGUACGUCGAAGCUGGAUCUGCACUUUUGGAUAUCAUCCAAGGUAGACCUAGGUUUCCCAUGUCUUCCCAGGAACUAUUUGGUAUCCUUGAUGAUGCAAGCGAGAAGACAUUCUUAUGUGCUGGUACAGCUGAAUCAAUGAAAAAAUAUGUUUUUGAUGGGGAAGCUGGUAAAAUUGGACUGGAGAUGAAGAACUUAGUUGCUUGCACCAGCUUCCUUGUUGAACAGAAACUGGUAUAUAUUUUCUUCUUUGUAUUAUUGUCAAAGGCCUGGCUUGCUGACAAGGACGCUGAAGCUUUGAGAUGUCAGAAGUUGCUUGUGGAGGAGGAGGAAGCUGCUCAGAAAAGGCAAGCUCAGCUGCUGGAAAGGAAAAGACAGAAAAAGCUUAGGCAGAAGGAACAGAAAGUGAAGGAGCAGGCAAACUGGGAGAAGCCAGAUCUCAAGGACGCAACUGCCGAUACAUUGGACAGUCCACCUUCUGUAGGAACGUCCAGCCCUCCAGUUGGGUCCGAGUCCAGUUCAAAUGACCUAGAGACACCAGUAGAACGUGCUGUUUCACUUCUUGAACUCGUCCAGUCCUCAAUGAUUGAAGAAGAUGCAGAAACUGAAGCUGAAUUUGGAAUCAGCAAUGAACACAAUGAAUCAGCCACCCGUCUUAAUGUUGAGCGCCGAGUGGUGCAAGGAAGCAGUCGUCGGCAUGUAGUUACCUACCGGUGGCAGGUACCUAAAUCCCAAAGGGGUGGACGAAAUGGCUUUCAUGCAAGUCAGAAUCCUCAGCCAUUGAAACUUGAACCUAUGCAGAAGCAUGGUGCCCCAAGGGCUCCAAGGUCUGCUUCUGCAGUCAAUGGUAACAAAGUUUGGACAAGGAAACCAAAAUCCGAAAAUGAUAGAGAUUGCCGAAAGGACAGAUUAUUGAAAGAGGCUGUAAACCAAACAGAUCAGAGUAAGAACUGCGAGGUGAUGCUGAUUGGUUCUAUAUCCGUUACUCUGGGAAACUCUGGGCAGCUGCAGGGUGAUGGCAUUUCUGAAGCCCAAGAGAGUCACAGUGCUGAGCAUGUAACAUCGAAGAACGGCGGUCAGGAGAAGCCCACAAAGACCGAUCCUGUUCAUGGUGCUUUACACCGAUCCACAGUUAUUUGGAGGCCGGUUAGCCGGCACAAAACCACCAAAGGUUCAAUUUCAGUACAGAGUAGCAUUGGAGAAUCGAGAGAGGAGACAGUAGUAGGAACAGGUGGUGAUCGGCCGUUGUCCAGUGAAAGCUGUCUAACCUCAUGCGCUUUGGAUGAUGAUGAUGUUUGCGACAGUGGCAGCAAUUCUCACCCACUUGCGGAGAGAAGCGCGCAGACAGAAGGCAUCCUCUUCGCCAGUGAUUCCGCAAAAGCUUUUCUUACCCAGAGAUGGAAGGAGGCCAUUGCCGCGGACCAUGUGAAACUGGUCCUGUCCCCGGAACCCGAAACCGAAUCUCCAGGACGCUGUGACACCGGAAAUGACGGUCAAACAGUCGCACCAUCUUCGGAUCCUCCCAGACGCAGCAUUCUUGGCGAUGCAGACAAUGCGAGGGUGGUUGUGGAGCCUUCAACCGUCGGAACAGUGAACUUGAGGACAAAGCCCGAAAAGGGCGUAAAAAUGAAGUAUAUCCCCAAACAGAGAACCGUGACUUGAAGAUCAAUUACAAGAUCAUGAAUUUGUUUUUCUUUUUACACCAGAUGUGCAGUUUUAAUUACCCACUCCUCCAUUUACAUUACAUUUCAUAGCAGAGGUUUUGGUUUUACUUGUGAUCUUCUGUUAGAAAAAGAGGGUUUGGCAGGCCUGCGGGUUGCUGGAAUAUUUUACAGUAGGGCUCUUCCCCCCCCCCCCCCCCCCCCCCCCCGGGUUUUUUUUUUUUUUCUUUCUUUCUUUUUGGCUUAUUGAAGGGUUGUCAUAAUAGCAGCAUCAUUUUGGUUAGUGAGGGGUUUGUCUCCUUUGAUGCCUAAAAAAAUUCUGUAAUAAAUUGGGGUUUUAGUCAUUGCAGAGUUACCAUUUGUGCCAUCUUCUUUUGGCAUUUAUAAGUUGUCUCGCUCAAAUGUUUUUGUCAAUUGAAUGGUAUAUAAUGGAAUUGGACGUUUUAGCCUGUUUACUGAAUGUGCGACGUGCAUUUAUGAUA